GCGCAGCUGCAUAUUUAAUAAUUAAUUUAUUAUUCCAUAGCAGUAAAAAAAUACAGUCGUUGCCAUGGGCUUCCUAACAGUAUUGAAAAAGAUGCGUCAGAAGGAGAAGGAAAUGCGCAUAUUGCUCCUAGGUCUGGAUAAUGCCGGAAAAACCACGAUCCUGAAGCGUUUCAAUGGCGAACCCAUUGACACCAUCUCGCCCACGCUGGGUUUCAACAUAAAAACCCUGGAGCACAAUGGCUACACCCUGAAUAUGUGGGAUGUGGGUGGCCAGAAGUCCCUGCGAUCCUAUUGGAGGAACUAUUUCGAGUGCACCGAUGGCCUGGUUUGGGUGGUGGACAGUGCCGACAGGAUGCGCCUGGAGUCCUGCGGUCAGGAGCUGCAGAUCCUGCUCCAGGAAGAGCGCCUGGCCGGAGCCACACUGCUGGUUUUGUGCAACAAACAGGAUCUGCCUGGCGCCCUCUCCUCAAAUGAAAUUAAAGAGAUACUACACCUGGAGGAGAUCACCACGCAUCAUUGGCUGGUGGCCGGAGUUAGUGCGGUGACCGGCGAGAAGCUGCUGAGCUCCAUGGACUGGUUGAUAGACGACAUAGCCAAGCGCAUAUUCACUUUGGAUUAAAUAAAACUCGCCUUGCUUCCUCA